AUGGGCUCCCCCGCAGAUCUUCCCCUGGCAACAAAGUCGUUACGGAGCCGAGCCGACCUUGAGGACUAUGUUUACAACUUUAACGCGAACAACAAGGCUGCUUAUGCAGCGUAUUACUCUAAGAAUACCGUGUUCAAGUUCAGUACUUUCCCCGAUAGGACCCUCGACGAGUUUCUGGCAUGGGUAGAUCAAAUUCAUGCUUGCAUGCGUGAGACCCUAGGCCUGAAAAAGGUAGUCUUCGGCCAGAAUGCCGUCGCUACCGAGAUGCACACCCAGUUCCGUGGCAUCAACGACUUCGAAACUGACAAUCUGGAUGGACGAUGGGGGCCCGUGUGGCCAGGAAAUGGCCCUCUUGUGAGGAUGUUUGUCUGGUAUACUCUGGACAAGGAUGGCCACAUCAUUGAGGUGGCCGAGGAAGCCUCUCUGAUGAAGGAAGCAUCGCGGCACGUCAUUCGGUCCAGAGGCGACUUGGACCACUAUCUCCGUUCUUUCAACACAAACGACUUUGAUACCUUUCCCCGGUACUACACACCUGACGUGACCAUCAUCCUCAACGGCGAACAGACUCUCAACGGCAAGGAUGAGGCUGUCAACUUCUUUCGCAACGCGCGCGAAAAGGUGAACGAGGAGGUCAACGUUCAGUCUAUCAUCCUGGACAAGGACGGCGUCGCCAUCAAGAGUGACAUCAAGUUUACGGCCAUUAUGAAUAUAGAAGACAUCCUCCACUUUGGAUCGGGUGUGCGAAAGGGAGGAGGCUACAGGGUCCAGUUCUUGAUCUAUUACGAACUGACUCCUGAAGGAAAGAUGCAUCAUAUCACUGCAGCAAGCUGUGGACAAGCCAAGAUUUUCAAUCCUGUAUAG